AGCGUCCCACCUUCUCUAUUUUAACCAAUCAAGCAGCGUAUAGUUUAGGGGCUACGCGGAACUCGCAAUGCAUUGUGGGCCACAGCCUCCAUGGAUUCCAGGCUGUCAACAAACUAAUUUACCAAAACAGUUGCAGCAAGAUGAUGGAGCAUGUACAUCUAGCUGCGGAGGAGGAAGAUGACCUCUAUUCUGGCUACAAUGACUACAAUCCUGCAUUUGACUCCGAGGAGUUGGACAAUGAUCCUGCCUUUCAGCAGGCAGUUAGGACAAGUCAUGGGAGACGACCCCCGAUGACUGCCAAAUUUCCUGGCACAGCCAUUGGAGGACGGGCCUUGGGUACCUCCUUUGGAUCGAGGAUGCCUAUGGCCUCAUCUAUGGGUCGGCCUAUGACAGGUGCAGUGCAGGAUGGAGCCGCUCGGCCAAUGACUGCAGUGCGGGCAGCUGGGUACUCCUCAGCCAUGGCCAGAGGCUCUGCAUUUGACCCACUGGGUCAGUCCAAAGGACCUGCACCUCCACUGGAGACAAAAAACGAAGACACGCCUGAGGAGAAGAUGAAGAUUCUGGAGAGGAAGGUGAAUGACCUGAUCGAAGAGAGCUGUAUGGCUCACGGUCGUGGUGAUCUGCAGCUGUCGCUGGAAAAAGCCAAAGAAGCAGGGCGGAAGGAGAGGGCUCUGGUGAGGCAGAGGGAGCAGACAGGCACUGCUGACACCAUCAACCUGGAUCUUACCUACUCUGUUCUGUUUAACUUGGCCAACCAGUACGCCAACAAUGACAUGUACCCAGAAGCACUGAACACCUAUCAGGUUAUUGUGAAGAAUAAAAUGUUCAGCAAUGCAGGACUUUUAAAAGUGAACAUGGCAAAUAUUUACUUCAGACAGAAGAACUACCCAAAAGCCAUCAAAUUUUACCGUAUGGCUUUGGACCAAAUCUCAAAUGCACACAAAGAACUGCGGAUAAAGAUCAUGCAGAACAUCGCGGUGGUGUUCAUACGGAUCGGAAAGUACUCCGAUGCCAUCACCUCCUUGGAGCACAUCAUGAGCGAGAGCCCCAACAUCAAGACCGGCUACAACCUGAUCCUGUGCUACUACGCCAUCGGGGACCGCGAGAGGAUGAAAAAGGCUUUCCAGAAACUCAUCUCUGUUCUGCUGGGUGUAGACGAGGAGGACAAGUACACUCCACCCAAUGAUGAUCCCCACACCAACCUCGUGAUCGAAGCUAUAAAGAACGACCAGCUCCACCAGAUGGAAAGAGAGAAGAAGGCGCUGGCCGAGAAGUUCAUCAUGACUGCGGCGAAACUCAUCGCACCGAUCAUUGAGGCGUCCUUCGCGGCUGGGUUCGACUGGUGCGUGGAGAUGGUGAAAGGCUCUCAGUAUGUGGAGCUGGCUAACGAUCUGGAAAUUAACAAAGCCAUAACCUACCUGAGACAGAGAGAUUUCAAUCAGGCAGUGGAGACUCUGAAGAUGUUUGAGAAGAAGGACAGCAGAGUGAAAAGUGCUGCUGCCACCAACCUCUCCUUCCUCUACUUUCUGGAGAAGGACCUGGACCAGGCAGAUCGCUAUGCCGACCUGGCCAUGGCUGCGGACCGCUACAACCCAGCAGCCCUGACCAACAAAGGCAACACGGUGUUCGUGCGGCACGACUAUGAGAAAGCAGCCGAGUUCUACAAAGAGGCUCUCAGAAAUGACUCAUCCUGCACAGAGGCGCUGUAUAAUCUGGGCCUCACUUAUAAGAGACUGGGCCGGCUGGAGGAGUCGCUGGACUGCUUCAUUAAGCUGCAUGCCAUCCUGAGAAACUGUGCCCAGGUCAUGUACCAGCUGUCCAGCCUAUACGAGACGCUGGAGGACUCUAACCAGGCCAUCGAGUGGCUAAUGCAGCUGAUCAGCGUCACGCCCACAGACCCCCAGGCACUGGCCAAGCUGGGGGAGCUGUAUGACCACGAGGGGGACAAGUCUCAGGCCUUCCAGUACUACUAUGAGUCUUUUAGAUAUUUCCCAUCAAACAUGGACGUGAUCGAGUGGUUGGGAGCCUACUACAUCGACACGCAGUUCUGCGAAAAAGCCAUUCAUUAUUUUGAAAGAGCUGCCCUUAUUCAACCCACUCAGGUAAAGUGGCAGUUGAUGGUGGCCAGCUGUUACAGGAGGAGUGGAAACUACCAGAAGGCACUGGAGACCUACAAAAGCAUCCACCAGAAAUUCCCGGAGAGCGUAGAAUGCCUGCGCUUUCUGGUGCGACUCUGCUCGGACAUGGGCCUGAAGGAGGUCCAGGACUACGCCACCAAGCUGAAGAAGGUGGAGAAGAUGAAGGAGAAGAGGGAGCAGAGGGUGAAGUCUGGACGGGAGAGCAGUGCUCGAAGCCGUAGGGAAGGCAGCGCCAGCAGCGAUGUGGACGGUAAAGCAGUGGGCUCUUCCCCAAACAGCACUCCACCAAUCAAAAGCAACGACAGUGGACACAGCAGCCAAGGCACCAGCGCCAAGGGGGAGCGAAUGAGCGCCAGGCUGCGGGCACUGCCAGGGUCUAACGAGCCGUACGAGGCCAGCAGCCAGCGAGACGUGGAUGCUUCCUAUGUGGAUCCACUGGGCCCUCAGCUCGAGAGGCCAAAGACGGCAGCAAAGAAACGCACUGAGGAGGACGAGUUUGCAGACGAAGAGCUCGGAGAUGACCUGCUGCCGGAAUAGUGUGUCCUCGUAUGUCACUUCUACCCUCCCUUAGGUUACAAACAGGAAACGGGAACAGGAAACUCCCAGAGGUCUCUUUUCCAUGCAGUUUUUUCUAUGAUCACCCAUGAUCAACAUAAGUUCAAGGAACUGAGCUCUCCUAGCUUACGUUGCAUUUCUGUUUAAAGGCAUAUGAUGUAUUUAUAUAACCGUUACCUUAUCAAUAAAAUAAUUUGAGCAUUUCAAACCCUGAAUGAAAAUGGAAGAAAACUCAGCCUGGCUAGAGGUUUUAAUCCCGAUGCACCUUUAUUUCAACUCUAUGCGGCUCAUCAAGAUGCAGCAAUGGAUUUGGUCAGGAGCAGGGCAGCAAAGAGCAGUGUGAUUUAACACUAAAAACAUCACUACAUAUAAUGAAUAGAUACCAAAUGCAGUGUAGCAAAAAAGUGCAAAUCUAAAUUUUGAAUACAGUGAGAUGCGUUUAAGUCUGGGUUCAUGUUCUGCUCUCCCAGUCAAUUCUCCUGUGCAGACCAGCAUUUUUGAGCAAUCCAUCUGAUCGAAACAAAGUUUUGGUCAACUUUUGGUACGAACGUAGCUCUAUGGCUUUAUCUUGAGCUAGAAGCUAGCCAUGGCAACAGUACUGCGGUAACUUGUGCUUGGCUAGCACUGCUCAGUGACCCUGUUAGUGAUUUAUGUCAGUGACAUACCUCCACACUCUCCAGUCAGUACAUUUGUAACAUUAUUUUAUUAUUUUAGCACGCAAGACUUUGUGUAUUUGUUUAUUUCUCUUACUAUUAUUGUUUUUAUGAAAUGGACCAGAAUGAAACGUGAGCACAAACAUGUUGCUCACAAUUUCAGCAAGUGUAAAAUAAAGUGAUUUUUUUUACCAUGUA